AGAAAUAUAAUAAAAUCUGCCAAAUUAACUGGUUCAUCUUAUGUGAAUCAUAGAAAAAAGCAAGUUCCUGCACUGAUUGUUGGUGAACCUUGUCGCUGCAGAAAUAAAUGCUUUGAAAAAUAUGGAUUUGAAACUAUACAAGCUGUGUUUGAUUUCUUUCAUAACUUUGAACAUUUUCAAACUAAAGAUGAACAAGAUCAAUAUUUACAAGGACUUAUUGAUGUUGUUGCAGUGAAAAGACGACGUAAAUCCACUAAAGAUAAAUUAAAUGAUGGAGAGGAUCCAAAACGAGACUAUUCGUUUAACUAUCAUGUAAUGUUUGUUUCAGCGAGAAAAGGUAUGUCAACAAGCAUUUAUUUCUAUUUUUGCUCUCUCUUGCAAAAAAAUUCGAAGAUUAAGGGACUUAAAAGUAAAUAAUGAAAUUGUG